AAUUCAACCACAGGCUCAAUUCAGCUAGCCAGUGGCCAGCUCCAGCAUCUGAUUUGGAGAUUAAAGCUCAGUUUAGGUUAUUCUCUGUCAGUAUAUUGAACCAGUCAUGGACGAGUGGCGUCAACUGAAGCCACUGGAGUGGUGUAAAUAUGUCAACAAAGAGGUCAAAGUGACAGCGCACGAGAAACAACAACAUAAUGGUUGGGUUUUUACCGUUGAUCCAGUAUCUGCCAGGUAACUUCGGUACUUUCACAGUACUCUUCCCCAUGGCCAUGUGCACAAUAUGUUGAUGGAUAGCUUAAGCUAUCAUAUGAAAAGAAUAUACCAAUGCACUGAUUUGUCAGUUUGUCUCCCACUUAUAUAGUGUGGUAGCUAGCUACAACAGUGAGUGACGAGUGACGACACCACUCUUGUUAUGAGACUUAUGUUUGAGCAUCCUACUUCGCAACUGCUAUCCCUAGCUACAGCGUGGUGUUUUUGAUGUGACUCAGUCAUAGACAAUACCAGGAUUGUUGCUUUGAAAGGGGUGUAUAUCAGCUGAGCUGACACUCAAUACAUUACCUAUUUUCCCUCCCCCAGCAUCGUCCUAGUGACCUUCCAGGAGAAGGGAGGCACGCCGACGGUCCGAGUUGUGACAGGCCACGCAGUGCAGGAGGUGGAGGUCCUCCAGGAGGGCAACGAGGAAAUGGCGGGGCGGCUGAGGGUUGUUUUCACACCCCCGGGAGCCCGCGCCCUUGGCCCGGAAGAAGUGAGACGCAGGAAAGAGAGCCUCCGUCUGUGGCUGGAAAAGAACCGCAUCCCCAUGGAAGAGGAGGGCGAGAUGCUGCGUGUGGCCAACGUGCUGACAGUGAGCGCCCCCUACGGAGCGGAAGACUGUAGCAGCUCCAACGAGAUCAUCCUGGCCCGAGUGCAGAGCCUGGUGGAGAGCAACCCCGAUUCAUCUCCAGACCAGCCUGCCAACUCCUGAUGAAGGAUGCACUUUGACACAUAGGGCUGGUUUCCCACACACAGAUCAGGCUCAGCCUAGUCCUGGAAUAAAAUACAUUGUCUAUUUGCUUGAUCGCCAUUGAAAUAGUUUUUUAGUCCAGUACUAAGCUUAAUCUGUGUCAGGGAAACCAGGCCAUAGUGUAUCUCAAUAGUCUAAAAUGGUCUUAUCUCCUAUCCUUCAUCUGCCUCUAUGUGGAAAAAAACUGGACUGGGAAUUGGGUCUUGGCCAUGUGUCUUUCACCUAUCCUACGUUUUUAGAUAAGUGAAGGUCGAGGAGAAGAGGAGAGAAAGCCACUCUAGACUGUUGGGAUGAACCAAGAGACACUUAGGGUGCAUUCGUAAAUUCACUCUGGCUAUCUACUCCCGAUUUCAGAGCACUCUCAUCUGAGUGUGCCAGAGCGCAGAAUAACUGACAAAUUUAUGAACGCUCAACACCCGUUGAAUAUGGCCGGUGUCAGUAAACGUCGGCAAAAAAGCGUAAUUAAAUUGUUGCCAGCAGCAGUUACAGUCACCAACACUCUGGAUAACAUAAAAACAGCCUAACCAGCUCUGCUAGGGUGAGUAAAAUGGUCAGAGUGAGGUGUUCUCUCAUUUGUGUCUGGAAGUAGCUAGCAAGCUAGCCAACCUUAGCCAGUUAACUUGGGUGCUUGACUGCCGUUGUGAGGCCAGAACGCCCGGAUCAACCCUACUCCUCGGCCAGAGCGUCCAGUGUGCGCUCUGAGAGCAAAAUGCUCUGAAUUUACGAACUGACAAUCUGACAACGUCUGAAUUUACGAACGCCCAGAGGGCACUCUGAGCGCACUCUGGCACUCCAGAUUGAAUUUACGAACACACCCUUAAAAUACUUUGGAUUGUUGAUGGUUCAAAUGUUACUUCAAUCUUAUUCAACAAUGGACAUUGCUAUCACAAAGCAAACAGUUGGCAAAAUUUAGAAAUUAAAUUAUGUGAAGUUUUGGUUCUCAAGAGACCUUUUCUGUAA